AUGUGGAUGCCGCCAGGCUCGUCCGAGAUGAAACUGCGAACAAAGGCCCUAUUUGCGCUCGGACCGAUUGCGGCGCGUCCAUACCGAACCUACCAAGGAACACAAGUUCACAGCCACUUGCGGGCCAUGACGAGCUUGCUACCUCUGUCGCCGGAAAACUUGGUACCAAUGAGCUUGCACACGCCCCUUUCAUUCGCGCGGACCGUUAGAGAUUUUGUUGCUCUGAAAUGCAGCGAGAAUAGCAGCGACAAGUACGGCCAUCGUUUCUUCGUCUUUCAUCCGGACACCGCUUGGAUGGGAGCCUUUCAGCGGAUGUACGAUGUGGAAGGCCCUCUUCCACCGGAAUUUGCCGGUGUAGCCCAUAAUCUCUUUGUCCUCGCACGCUGGAUGCUGUGCGAGCGGGUGACUCUGGUCCAGAGCUUGGGGGACGCCGGGAGAAGGAUUCAGUUCCACGUCCUCGUCCCGACCACCGAGACUCUCGUGAUCCCGCAGCCCUUCUGCUUCAUGGAUGCCUUGGCACCGCUGAUAAUUGAGGGUCCUAUAAGUAAGGGCUAUCCGCUGGUAUGGCUCAGGAUGACAUCGUUAUCUACGACGGGUCUACGGGACGUCGGCGCUAUCCCGUCACCGUGUACGGAUCUGGCCGAGGGCAAAGCUUUUACCGCCGUGUGUUUGCUCUGGAUUGCAUCUUCGCCCCUUCUUCUGGCUGCUUGCAGAAUGAUCUGCUUUGUGCACCUGCCGUUUUACGUUGCGCUCGCGCUGUCGCUGCUGUUUCACGGCUUCGCACUCAACCUAACACUCUGGAUCAAGAGACAAGUGAGAGAAUAUUAUAUGCAAGAAGAUGCCCCCAUCAUGCUUGGAUAG